CAAACUAGAGGAAGGGUCUCUGGAAUACUUCAAUUUUGUCACCUUGGAUGAUUGAACGUCAAUGAAAUAAUUUGCAGAUGAUCCCAAUUGACAUGCUAUUAGCAUGAAGCAGUUAUUCCUUUACGAGUUUGGUGACUGAUGCUCCAAAAUACGAACAGAAGUGCUUGAGCAAGAACUGAGGCUUCCAGUGAAGGGGUUCAGCUACACAAACAAUGACUAAGAUAAGGAACGGGAGUAAAUCUGGAGUAAAAUUGAAUGACAAAAGCAGAGAAAAUCACAAAGGGAAAAGAAAGCAAAAGUUUGCAGUCGGUACGGAGGGAACGUGGCUUAAAGAAAUGAUGCCAGUUUCAAAGCAACAACAUGAAGGAACACAUCAAGUGAAUACUGGUAGCUUUGGUACUUCAAAAUUAAUUGUAUCCGACUGUGAAAAUCCUGAAGUUUUUGAAGGUGGUGAAAAAAUGCACAUUCAAUCCCCACCACGUCCAGCGAAGGAGAGCAGGAUUAAGAAAAGAAGAAAGCACAGAGCAAACAAAAGGGAAAGAUCGCAAGUUCAUAAAAAGAACCUUGGAAAGGCCAGAUCUACCAUUGCUGUACUGAAGCCAUUUGGCCUCCGCGUUCUCCGUUCCAGGACAACUUCAUCUACAAAUGUAUCCAUUCCGCACACUCAAAAAUGGAAAAUGAAAUUGAAAACCAAAAGUAAACAGCAGAGUGAAGACAGACAGAGGAGGAGGGGGAUGGUGCCAACUGACAGUCAUCUGGAAAAUUCAAACAAUAAUACGAUAAAGAAGUGGAUUUGUCAAAAGAAUGAGUUAUUAAAAAAAGAAAAAGAAGCAAAGAGGAAGCAGAGAAGACUGGAGAGAGCUGCAGGUAAAAGGCAAGAACUAGAUAAGCAGAAGAGGCAAAAGGAAUCUGAAGAAAAGAUAAAACUGUGGAUGUUGAAGAAAGGCAUAAUCAGAACACAGGACAGUAACAAGUGUACAGUUUCAUUUGAUGCAAAUGCAGGUGGUCAGAAUUCAAAGACAUCGCCACCCAUAAUAGACAUGGUCAGAAAAUCUCUCAGUCAAAGUCCAAGUAAAUCAAUAAAGAGUGAAGUGCAGGUCUCUGAUGAAAAGCUGGAGGUGAAACAGAAAAAUAAACUCUUUCUUGGUACAGCAAAAUCCAGAACAGGGAUCUUGGCUUCUAAGGAUCAAAUGGUGAGUUUGUGCAAAAUGAUGUCAACUUUGGAUCAAGGUUCAGAGUGUGGCAAUCUUGUGUCACAGAAGUCAAACAGCAAGAACAAAUUAGUGCAUCGAGACAUCAAUGAAAAAUCGCUUUCAACCUCAAUGCCUAUUAAAUUAGAAAGGAAAAGCCCAGUGAGUUUGAGCAACAUCUCUCAGGUCAAAGAACAGAACAAUGAUUGCAGCAGAAUAGGGAAACAUCUUGUGUACCAACUGCCAUUCAAUGAAAAGCUUUCAAGAAAAGCCAAGGAAUUCAAGCAAGUUCAAGCAAAAAUUGAGGAACAAAAGACUGAACUAGACAAAAAUCUUCAAAGUGUCCCAGCAUUAGCAACCAAUCAAAUUCAAAGUAUAAUGGAUAAUAAAAAUAAUGUCAUCAUAGCAAAAGAGACAAAUACAUCACCUAACAUCUUGUUGACAUCCAAGUUUACUGAUGCAAUUUCAAAUCCAGAAUGGCUUCAGGAGGCUAUGGUUACUCCAGCUGUAAAGAACUGGUUUGUGCACAGACUGGAAGAGCAAGCAAUGCAUGGUGCAGAUAGUAAUUCAUUAGUACAAGAUGUCCAGCUCUGCAAGGAGCACAAGCAUAAUAUCUCUUCUCUGUAUGGAAGGUCAUUUAGAACAGCUGAAGAAAGAUUAUUAGCUUUGAAACAAAGUCACACUUUUAAAGAUAAGGAUGCCGGUGCUGGUGAAAGUUCAAAGAUAACAUUGUCGGCUCCUAAUAUAAACCUCUCUCAAAGACCAAGUUUAUGGGGUAAGGAGAAGAUAAAAGAAUAA